ACCAUUUUCCUGUCUUCAGUCAUGGUCUCCCCCCGAGCCAUCGCUGGCAUGUCCUUUUGUAUUCGUCUAUUCAUUCUGUGCCUCACGAUAGUGGCGAUGAUUCUUAUUCUGGUAGCCCCAGGUGCUUGUUUUUCACGAUAUCUCAAUGGUCAACCUAUCAGCAGGGAGAUAUGUCCUGGUCAAAAUAGCAUAUUUCCUAUGAAUGCGGAUCGAUGGAGUAAUGCACUGCAUUUUCAAGGACGAGGAGAAAAUGUUUACGGUCAAGUUGCUCUGAUUGUCGUCUCGCUCUUCCUAGCCUUGGUUACGGUAGGAAUCAGCUGCGUUCAUCUGGCUAUUGGAAACAACCUCACGUACACGCAACUUUUCGCAUCGGGAAUCUCAUUGAUAGCAUUUCUGGUUUGUGGAGGCGUUGAAACAUGGUAUGCUACAGGAUUUGACCAUAUGUCCUUCUUUAUUAUGGCCGUCGGAAAUGGAGUAGUGUCCGGUUGCGCAGGACUACCCGGCUGCCAGAUUCAAUUCGUUGUGAAGGGUUGGGCAGUGGCAGCGGCAUUCUACUUCUUGUCUGGCUUGCUCUAUCUUCUCGACAUGGGACUAGUAUUUGCAAAAAGAGACAAGUGA